AUGGAUCAACUAAAUAACUCAGUGGUUUCUGAGUUUGUGCUUCUAGGACUUUCUAGUACGUGGGAAACUAAAGUUUUUCUCAUGUUGACAUUCUCCUUACUCUACUUAGGGAUCAUUCUGGGAAACCUUUUUAUUGUCAUUUUAGUAAGUGCUGACUCUCAGUUACAUUUACCUAUGUAUUUCUUGCUGGCCAACCUGUCCUUGAAUGAUGUCUGGGUUUCCUCUACCACAAUUCCAAAGAUGGUCUCAGAUCUUUUAAAAGAAUACAGAGUAAUCUCUUUCCAAGGUUGCAUGACACAGAUAUGCUUCAUCCACAUCAUGGGGGGAGUGGAGAUGGUGCUGCUCAUAGCCAUGGCUUUUGACAGGUACACAGCCAUCUGUAAGCCUCUGCACUACUUGAGCAUCAUGAGCCCUAAAAUAUGUGUUUCCUUUGUAAUCAUUGGCUGGGUAACAGGAGUGAUCCAUGCCAUGUCUCAGUUUUCUUUUGUUAUAAACUUGCCUUUUUGUGGUCCUAAUCAAGUAGACAGCUUUUACUGUGACUUCCCUCGGAUCAUAAAACUUGCAUGCACAGAUGAAGCUAAGUUUGAGUUUGUUGUUGCUGCCAACAGCGGCUUCAUGAGCAUGGGCACCUUCUUCCUGCUUCUCCUUUCCUAUGUCUUCAUUUUGGUCACAGUCUGGAAACGUUCUUCAGGGGACUUAUCAAAGGCACUCGUCACUCUGUCAGCUCACAUCACAGUGGUGGUUCUUUUUUUCACUCCAUGCAUGUUUCUCUAUGUGUGGCCUUUCCCCACAUCAUCAGUUGACAAAUACCUGUUUAUUGCUGACUUUGCUAUUACUCCUGCCCUGAAUCCUAUCAUCUAUACAUUAAGGAACAAAGAUAUAAAGAUAGCAAUACAAAGACUAUGCAAACGAACCUGCUAUGGAAGAUUUUGCUGA